AUGAAUUGUACAGUAAAAGCUGGUAGAAGCAACUGCAUCACAGCGACCGUGUUCAUUCUCCUGGGCCUCUUCAGACAUACUGAGCUGCAGUUCUGGUUUUUCUUCAUGCUCCCCCUGAUUUACACUAUUACUAUCAUUGGGAACAGCCUUAUCAUCGUUGUCACAGUUCACCCAUCCUUUUAUACCCCCAUGUACUUUUUUCUCAGGGUCCUCUCCUUCAUGGAUAUUUGUACUACUUCAGUUGUUGUACGCAAGCUGUUAGUGAAUUUUCUGUCACAGGACAAGAGUAUUUCCUACAUCGGUUGUGCUGCCCAGUUGUAUUUCCUGAUUUUUCUAACAGCUGCUGUAUCCUGUCUUCUUGUUGCCAUGGCCUACAACUGUUACGCGGCCAUUUGCAGCCCCCUGAGAUACACAUUUAUGAGGAACAGAAGAGUUUGUUUUUCCCUAGUUCUGCUGCCUUUCCUUAUUGGUAAUGUUGUGCCGGUGGUCCAAACUGCUUGGGUGUUCACACUGGCAUUUUGUGUGCCUAACAAAAUUAACAAUUUCUUCUGUGAUAUCUCACCACUUAUUAGACUUCUAUGUACUGAAACAUCGCUCCCACCUCCUAGGAUUGAUGCUGUACUGUGGGAGUGGCAGCCUGAUUUACCUAAGAGCCAAGUUCAGCUACCACAAGAUGCUAAAAAAGUGCUGGCUUUAGUGUACACAACCAUAACUCCCAUGUUAAAUCCCGUUAUUUACAGCUUGAGAAAUAAGGAUGUGAAAAGGAUUUUAAGAACAAUUAUGAGGAAG